AUGAACGCUGCUCUCCCCUGUACUCUCCUCAUCCCCAAAUAUUGCCCUAUGCAGCCCGAACAUCUCCCUCUCCAUCUCAUCCCCAAUAAACUUGAGUGGGUCGAUCCCCACCCCAUCGUCGUCGCCCCCACUAGUAAAGGGUCCAAACGACCCAGCAUCAUCAUCACCAUCUCCCCCAUCACCAUCCCCGAUCUCAUCAUCCGCAGCCCAAUCAUUAGCCUCCAAUGCCUCCCUAACCCUCUCCAUGCCAGCGCACUCCCCGAACUCAUUCCUAACCUUAACCUCAAAGUCCACAAACUCGAACCCGCACUCCCUGCACAUCUCCUCCCAAACCUCCACCUCCACCUCCAGCCUCGGCUGCAGACUCUGUGGCAUGCCGACCGCAAGACACACGCCGUCCCAAGCGUACCCGCACCCCUUCACGAUCCCCUGCACAGCGCGCAGGACCUCGCGGAUGCGCGCGAGGUCCACUUCCGACGAGGGCUUGCGGAAGCACCUCGCGCGCCUCUGCAGAAAGGUAGGUGCUCGACCAGGUGUUUGGGGAGGUGCUCGGGAUCUCGUCGAUCCAGAUUGGCACGAUGGUCUUGUAGUACGGUGUCGUUAGGGGGAGGGCGUGGCUCAGGCCUGCUGGGGAGGUGGAGGUUGUGGUUGUGGGUGGGAGAGAGCCGGUUAGAGCUGGGUUUUUAUGUCAGUGUCUGGGAUAUAGAGGCAAUUAAUUGGCGGGGGAGUGAUAACUUUUUAAAAAGGCCAGUUUUCCAGAAGAUCGCUGUCCCACCAGAAGGAUUCGGCGGGAGUUGGUGA